AUGCAAGAGGCUGCUGCGUCUGCGUUAGCGUUUUCUUUGGGAGCGAUUGUGCCUUUAUUGGCGGCUGCGUUUGUGAAAGAUUACUAUUGGAGGAUUGGAGCGAUUGUGGCGUCUGUGACUUUGGCGUUAGUGAUGUUUGGAUGGUUAGGAGCGGUUUUGGGGAAAGCACCGGUGGUUAAGUCGUCGGUUAGGGUUUUGAUUGGAGGAUGGUUAGCUAUGGGCGUUCCGUAUGGUUUGGCAAAACUGAUUGGGUGA